CAGCCCUGCUGAGCGACCCCGCCAGUCGGGUCCGUCCUGCGGUAAAUGCACAACCCGGACGGAAGUGUCUCUCCGACAGCAGAUCCGGGCUCGGAGCUCCAGACGCUGGGACAGGCCGCCCGCAGACCACCCCCGCCGCGCGCGGGACACGACGCCCCCCGCAGGACCCGCCCAUCAGCCCGGAAACCCCCGAGCUGCUUCUCCCGGAGGCUGAUGCCCACCCGGGAGCCCCCAAAGACUCGCGGCUCCCGGGGGCACCUGCAGACUCACCCGCCUGGGCCUGGACCCCCGCUGCAGGGACUGGCGCCCCGAGGCCUCAAAACCAGCGCCCCCCGCCCUCCGUGCCAGCCCCAGCCGGGACCCCACAAGGCAAAGACCAAGAAGAUUGUGUUUGAGGAUGAGUUGCUCUCCCAGGCCCUCCUGGGCGCCAAGAAGCCUAUUGGAGCCAUCCCUAAGGGGCAUAAGCCUAGGCCCCACCCAGUGCCCGACUAUGAGCUUAAGUACCCACCGGUGAGCAGUGAGAGGGAACGGAGCUGCUAUGCUGCAGUGUUCCAGGACCAGUACGGAGAGUUCUUGGAGCUCCAGCACGAGGUGGGGUGUGCACAGGCAAAGCUCAGGCAGCUGGAAGCCCUGCUGAGCUCCCUGCCCCCACCCCAAAGCCAGGUUGGCUGGGCGCCGCGACACAUGUCUAAGAAGGAGGCCCAAGUUGCAGCCCGGGUUUGGAGGGAGUUUGAGACGAAGCGAAGGGAUCCUGGCUUCCUGGAUAAGCAGGCUCGCUGCCACUACCUGAAGGGUAAACUGAGGCAUCUCAAGACUCAGAUCCAGAAAUUCGAUGACCGAGGAGACAGCGAGGGCUCCGUGUACUUCUAAGUGCCCCUGCAGAUGGGCAGAGGGAUGCAUGCGGAUGCAGGUCCCUUGCAUUUCUUGGUAUCUCUCAGCCUUUCCUCUUGCAGCUCCCCCUACCAGGGGUCGCUUUCUCCUGGAUUGCAAAUGCCUCUUCAGUUUGGACUCAGCUCUGACAGCCCCUCCUCCAGGAAGGCCUUCCAGGACUUCCUCCUCUGGGUCCUCUAGCUCUGACCCUAUAGGGACUCCAGAUCUCAACCUGUUCCCUGGAAGUAGGGCCUGCUCUCCAUCCCAGUGAAAUAAACAUGUAUUAGACACC